AUGGAUGGUGAAGAUUACUAUAACAAGGGUGCCAUGGACCUCAUCACACUACGAGAGAAUGAGGCCGCUUUCGACCGCUACAAAAUCCGACCACGGAUUCUAGUCAACGUGGACAACAUUGAUACCAGCACGGAGAUACUGAAUACAAAGGUCUCCCUUCCUUUCGGAUUCAGUCCUACCGCAUCACAGAAACUCGCCCAUCCCGACGGCGAGCUCGCGACGUCACGCGCUGCGGCGAAAUUUGGUGUCUGCAUGGGUCUGUCCUCGUACUCGAACCACAGCCUCGAGGAGGUCGCCGAACAGGGGUCCGGGAAUCCCUAUGUUAUGCAGAUGUGUGUACUGCGGGAUCGAUCGAUUACUUUGCAAUUGUUGGAGCGUGCUGAGAAGGCGGGAUAUAAAGCUCUGUUUCUGUCCGUGGACGUUCCAGUCUUAGGGAAGCGAUUGAAUGAGUACCAGAACAACUAUCAACUGCCGGCUGAUAUGUCCUGGCCCAAUAUUUUGAGCCAUGGGAGUGACACAUCUGAUCAUACAGAUUAUGACCCGAGCCUCGACUGGGCCACUGCUAUCCCAUGGCUUCGGCAGCACACGAAGCUUCCGAUCUGGUUGAAAGGAGUAUAUUGCCCCGAAGAUGUCGAGAUCGCAAUCCAGAACAAACUCGACGGAGUUGUAAUUUCCAACCACGGUGGUCGCCAACUUGACGGCGUUCCCGCAACGCUUGACGCGCUGAGAGAUUGCGCACCGGUCGCAAAGGGACGAAUUCCCAUUGCCAUUGACGGCGGUAUUCGGCGAGGCUCAGACGUCUUCAAGGCGCUGGCACUUGGAGCGGACUUUUGCUUUGCCGGACGGAUACCAAUUUGGGGGCUUGCUUAUGGCGGACAGGAAGGCGUCGAGCUCGCGAUUCGGAUUCUGCGGCAGGAAUUGAAAAUCACUAUGGCUCUGGCAGGAUGUCGAUCAAUCUCUGAGAUUCGCAAAAGCUAUCUGUCGGUUCUGCAGCCGGACGGGGUUCUAUCGAAGCUGUAA